UGUACCGCUCUAAACGAUGAGGGCGACAGAGGAAUCAAGUCAUUCGUGAUUCUAGCAGCUCGCCAGCUGGGUGUCCUUGAGCUACGCUGGCGAUUAUUAGCGAUUCCCUAUCUUAUGAUAAGUAUAGGGGAAUCGGGAUAAGGAGAGCAAUUUGGGGGAAAUGCGAUCGGGAGAUCAGGGGUAGUUUAUGGUUUUAUGGCAUUCUGGAGCGGUUUUGUCGAAGGAAAUUAACGGUAAGACUGUUCUUGUUUAUUGAAUAGAAAUGUGGGUUGAUUAGCCAGGCCUGCUGGUACAUGUACAUGCAUGGAGAAAAUGUUCUUGUGUUUAUAAUAUUGUGUCGCGGAGAGCUAUGCUCCCCGAAAAUAAUAGUUGCCUUGUACGAUUUUAUCAUCCUGUUUAGCACUUUUCAGGUCGUUGAAAGACCUUCCAACGGCCGUUGAUAAUCUUGCUGAGUGCGCAUGGCUCACAAUGUCGUUCAGAGGGCAGUCUGACGACGUUGCUGAUGGCCAUGAUAUGCAAAUUAUUGCUUCGUGAGAAUGUUGUCUAUUGUGAAUCGGCGGGCCGUGAAGUGAGAUUCGUUUGGGUGCGAUCGCAACGUGCUUGAAUGAACCGUUUGGCGUUUGAGGAAUGCCCACGGUCAGUGUUUCGGUGCGCAGUACAUUUUGGAUUUUCCGAACCCUAUAGUGCGAUUUCAAUUUCAGUUCUCUCAAUCAAGACAUGGAUAUCACGUACGAUAUAGUGGAGGAGAAACCCGACGCCUACGAAGGCGUAGAAACCCAGGCAAGUCCCGCAUUUAAAGGGCUCUGUGUGGCGUUCAAGAUCUCGGCCAAGUAUUUUGAAGACAUGAUUAAAGACGGCUGGGAAGAUGUGGACCAGUUGUUAGGUCUAGAUAGGGCGUGGUCAGACCACAUUUUGGCCCUUGCCCCUAAUGGAGGUCAGCGGCGAAAUUUUGAGCGACUGAUGGCACGUGUGGAGGCGGGCCCACUGGCCGAACAGGCGGUCGGAAGGCUUUCCAAGCAGCAGAAACGCCAACAGCAGGGAGAGCAGAACAAGGCGGCUGACGCGCUGCCAGCGAAAGAUGCCGGUGCCGCAACAUGUCCUGGUCCCAGUGAUGCAACGGAUGACGCUGUCGAUCAGAAGACGACUCCUAGCCCGGUGCCACAGGCGAAAUCCGCUUUUGAGGUCCACAAGCCAAGGCGACUGGAGCUUUUGAAGGCCUGCGCGGAGACUGGCUAUGACCGCAAUGUAGCAUACGUGAUGUCACUACUAAGGAAGUACGUGGAUGAGUUUGCACCACUGUCCUCCGACGACAUUAAAGAGAAACAGAUGUACGUGAAUCUACUCACCGAGUGCACGAAACAUGUAGAAGCUAAGGUACAGGGUAUCGCCAUGUAUAUCUACAAGUCGAUUACGGGCGAGGAUUCCGACAAGCGUUUGCGAUUCGCUCGCAAGCAUUUAGGUUUGGCCGCUCCUCCUGCCGAUAAUAAAGCGCGGGUGGGGCCACAAGGUGGCGUUGCCAGGCCAUGGCGGCAGAGCUUUCGGCCCCGAUGGAAUCCACAGCAAGGUCAACGUGGCUGGGGUUUUCGCAGUAGUUUAGGGGCAGCUAAGCAGGCAGGUGCGUGCUUUCGCUGCCAAAAGCGGGGACACAUGGCCCGCGACUGCAAAGAGAUUUUGUAGGAAAUGCCGAGGGCGAGGCGAGUGCAGAUGGUCAGGGUUAAUGACAAUAUCAAGUUUACUGAGGAUUAAUUGAAAAUAAAUGCUGGCAGAUGCAGCACGUGGACAUUUUGAUGGUCAGUGAUGGGUGCUAUACCACUUGAUGGUUAAAGCAUUUGAUGGUAUCCAAUUUAAAUGGUCCUCUCUUAGU